CGACGUGCCGCACAGGUAUUUAAUCACGGGACUAGACGGAAGGUCGAAAGAACAGGGAGGCCAUGUUGGAUUUUCAGUAAAGUGUUUGUGUGAUCCUGGCGUCAGAAAUGCAUCCCCGGCGCAGUGCUCAAGAAGUCCUACUGUGUAACCUCUGUGGAACUGUCCCCCUAGAGAGUCGUUGUGAAGUUUAUAAUAUAAAUCUAUGCAAAGCCUGUGUUGGGGAGCACUUCUCCGAUUCCUCUAAACAACAUUAUGUUAUGCCCUAUUUACAAAGAAAGUCUACUCCUAACUACCCGAAAUGUCCGAAACACGCCAAUGAACUCUGUAAACAUCACUGUGAGAAAUGUGGCAUUCCUGUCUGUAUUACCUGCAUCUCCUCCGGUAAACACAAAGGUCACAAAAUAUCAGAAUUUCUGGAAAAACUCAGCUCCAAAACACAAAGUUUGCAUAAAGAUUUAGAGGAACUCGAGACCAGAAUUUACCCGCGAUAUGAAGAAAUGGCGUCCGACGUUCAAACUGAAAAAGCCGAAAUAGAAACAAAUUACGGGAAAUUGACCACAUUUGCCGAGCAACGAGGUGAAAUCUUACACAGGGAGAUCACCGCCAUUCUCAAUCAGCGGAAAUCUGCCAUUCAGGAGAUGAAAAACAAACACCUAUCUACCCUGAAUAAAAAUACAGAAGAAAUCACACAGAAAAUGGCGGAACUCAAACAGAUCAUUUCCGACUUGAAAUCAAUCCUAAAAUCAAAUGACGUCUCCUUAACCUCUACUUACAAAUCUAGGAAUUCCGAAUUUAGAACAUUACCGCCUAAAGUUCGAGCUACAUUACCGAGUUUUACUCCUCAGAAAAUAAACAAAGAUCAGCUCAAUGAAAUGUUUGGUUGUCUGUCACCAUUAUCCAUUAACACACAACAUGGCGACACAAUGAAGUCAGCAGAAGCUGUAUCGUCUCCUCCAGUUAAACCACUGCUUGAUGACCCGUGCCUCACCGCCGCCAUAGACACUGGGUAUUGCAAUCUAUUCAGUGUUAGCUGUCUGAGUGAAGAUCAAGUCUGGGCACGCGGGGAGAACAAAACCAUGAAGCUGCUCAACCCCCAGAGUAAACUACUGACAUCAAUACAAACCAAGUCAGGGAACUAUCCAACAGACAUAGCAGUGACACGUGACGGAUAUCUUGUUUAUACUGACUAUAGUAAUAACACCGUGAACUUAAUUAAGAAUAAAAAGAUACGGACCGUGAUCACACUUCAGGGGUGGAGACCUCUCUAUGUCUGCUGUACCGCGGGUAACGACCUCCUGGUUACCAUGGACAGUUAUGAUGGAGAACAAUCCAAAGUCGUGCGUUACUCCGGCUCCACAGAGAAACAAAGCAUUCAGUUUGAUGACCAGGGUCGUCCUCUCUAUUCAUCUGGUGGUUACAUUAGUGAGAAUAGGAACCUGGAUAUAUGUGUGGCUGACUGUGUAGCUAGUGCAGUAGUGGUGGUCAAUCAGUCAGGAAAACUCCGAUUUAGAUACACUGGGCAUCCCUCUAAUACCUGGCAAUCAUUUAAUCCAUUCGGCAUCACCACAGACAGCCAGAGUCACAUCCUGACAGCAGAGUUUAACAAUGACUGUAUCCACAUCCUAGAUCAGGACGGACAGUUCCUUCGUUACAUUCACUGUGAUUUACACGCUCCGUGGGGUUUAUGUGUGGACAUCAGAGACAACCUCUUUGUGGCUGAGUGUGUCACUGCUAAAGUGAAGAAAAUCCAAUAUCUGUAAACACAGCGUUAAUGACACAGCUCUACAGUGUUAAUUACACAGCUCUACAGUGUUAAUUACACAUCUCUACAGUGUUAAUUACACAUCUCUACAGUGUUAAUUACACAUCUCUACAGUGUUAUUUACAUCAGUGUGUUGAUUACAACUGCUUGUUAAUUACGGUCCUGUGUUAAUUACAGCCCGUUGUACAUUACAGCCCUGUGUUAAUUACAGCCUUGUGUCUGUGAUGUGUAAUGUACCUGUGUUUCUGAGUUUAGUGGAACAGUAUUAAUAUUAGUACAUUAAUUACUAGUUUGACUGUGUUACUAGUUAUCUAUAUAUAAUCUUUUGUGGACUAAUUUGACUGUGUUACUAGUUAUCUAUAUGCAAUUUUUUGUGGACUAAUUUGUCUGUGUCACUAGUUGUAAAUUUAUAUAUAGUAUUUUGUGGACUAAUUUGACUGCGUUACUAGUUAUAUAUCUCUAUAUAAUCUUUUGUGUACUAAUUUGACUGUGUUACUAGUUAUCUAUCUCUAUACAAUCUUUUGUGGACUAAUUUGACUGUGUUACUAGUUAUCUCUAUACAAUCUUUUGUGGACUAAUUUGACUGUGUUACUAGUUAUCUAUAUAUAAUUUUUUGUGGACUAAUUUGACUGUGUUACUAGUUAUCUAUAUGCAAUUUUUUGUGGACUAAUUUGUCUGUGUCACUAAUUAUAAAUUCAUAUAGAGUAUUUUGUGGACUAAUUUCACUGCGUUACUAGUUAUCUAUCUCUAUAUAAUCUUUUGUGUACUAAUUUGACUGUGUUACUACUUUUUUAUCUCUAUACAAUCUUUUGUGGACUAAUUUGAAUGUGUUACUAGUUAUCUCUAUACAAUAUUUUGUGGACUAAUUUGACUGUGUUACUAGUUAUCUCUAUACAGUACUUUGUGGACUAAUUUGACUGUGUUACUAGUUAUCUAUGUAUAAUCUUUUGUGGACUAUUUGACUGUAUUACUAGUUAUCUAUAUACAAUGUUCUGUGAACUAAUUUGACUGUGUUACUAGUUAUCUAUCUCUAUACAAUAUUUUGUGGACUAAUUUGACUGUGUUACUAGUUAUCUAUAUACAGUAUUUCGUGGACGAAUUUGACUGGGUUACUAGUUAUCUAUCUAUAUACAAUCUUUUGUGACUAAAUUGACUGCGUUACUAAUUAUCUUUCUCUAUACAAUCUUUUGUGGACUUAUUUGACUGUGUUACUAGUUAUCUAUAUACAAUUUUUUGUGGACUGAUUUGACUGUGUUACUAGUUAUCGAUAUAUAUAAUCUUUUGUGGACUAAUUUGACUGUGUUACUAGUUAUCUAUAUGCAAUCUUUUGUGGACUAAUUUGUCUGUGUCACUAGUUGUAAAUUGAUAUAUAGUCUUUUGUGGACUAAUUUGACCGUGUUACUAGUUUUCUAUAUACAAUCUUUUGUGGACUAAUUCGGCUGUGUUACUAGUUGUCGAUCUAUAUACAAUGUUUUGUGGACUAUUUGACUGUGUUACUAAUUAUAUAUAUGUAAUUUUUUGUGGUCUAAUUUGACUGUGUUACUAGUUAUCUCGAUACAAUCUUUUGUGGACUAAUUUGACUGAGUUACUAAUUAUCUAUAUACAAUCUGUUGUUGUCUAAUUUGACUGUGUUACUAGUUGUCAACCUAUAAAAAUGUUGUGUGGACUAAUUUGACUGUGUUACUAGUACUUGAAUAGUAUUUGGGCUGUUUAUAUUAUCUUUCAAUAUGCAUAUAUGUUAUUGAUGUGUAUAUUAGAUAAACAUGAUGUAGAGUUCAGUCAUACAUUAUUACUGAGUGCUUACUUAGAUUUGUAGUACUUUAACAGAGAGUGACCCCAAACGUCCAGUCUUUAUUAUGUCUCCGAACACAAAGUGUCGGAGACAUAUUG